AUGUCUGUGGCCUUUGUACCCGACUGACUGAGGGGCAGUGCGGAAGUCAAUUGAGAGACCAUCCAGCGGCUCCUGGAAGAGAAUGACCAGCUCAUCCGCUGUAUCAUGGGGUAUCAGAACAAGGGCCAGGCGAAUGAGUGUGUCCAGUACCAGCAUGUGUCACAUAGAAAUCUCAUUUAUCUAGCUACCAUUGCAGAUGCCAGCCCAGCCAGUACUUCAAAAGCAGAAUAA